UCAGACGCCAUUCACAAUAAAUUGACUUGCAAAAAUUUGUUUGUCAUUCCGCAUUAAGGGGUAAAAUCAGAAAAUCAUUUUGUAAAGUAAAGUUUGUUCAGUUGCACCGCCACAAUCCACAAUGUUCCGAAAUCAAUAUGACAGUGAUGUUACCGUUUGGAGUCCCCAAGGACGUCUUCAUCAGGUGGAGUAUGCAAUGGAAGCCGUAAAACUUGGUUCAGCUACAGUUGGCCUCAAGAACAAGGAGUAUGCCGUGUUGGUUGCAUUAAGCAGAGCGGCUUCCGAACUGUCGUCAUGCCAGAGGAAGAUAAUUCCAAUUGACGAACAUAUGGGCAUAUCCAUAUCUGGAAUUACUGCUGAUGCUCGUGUCCUGAGCCGGCACUUGCGUACGGAGUGUCUCAACUACAAAUACUCCUAUGACACCACCUACCCAAUUUCCAGAUUGAUUUCAUACCUUGGUAACAAAAUGCAAACCUGUACACAACGUUAUGAUCGCCGGCCAUAUGGUGUUGGUUUGCUUGUAGCUGGUUAUGAUGAAAUGGGACCUCAUAUUUAUCAAGUCGUCCCAUCAGCAAAUUUCUUCAACUGCAAAGCCAUGUCGAUCGGCUCCCGUUCGCAGAGUGCUCGCACCUAUUUGGAACGUCACAUCAACAGCUUUGCUGAAUGCUCCAAGGAUGAACUUAUCUGCCAUGGUAUACAGGCUAUACGUGGUUCAUUGCCCAAUGAGGAUGUUUCUGGUAAGGAAAACAGUUCAUUGCUUAAUAUCUCGGUGGCCAUUGUCGGUCGCAACCAGCCAUUUAAAAUACUUGAUGAUGCUGAAACUUUGCACUACUUGGAUAUGGCUAAAAAGAUGGGUACAACUGUUGUCACUGUGGAAGAUGAUCCGGAAUCAACAGGAAGCGACGAGGACAAGCGCCCCGCUGAAACUCAAGAUCAGUAAAAUAUAAAAAUUCAAAUGUAAUAAAUAGUUUUCGUACUGGAUUAACAUUUCUUAAAGAGUAAUUAUAACAAAAACAGUAAAUACAUGGAAUAAAAUUCACAAAAAUCUUUAAAACAAA